UUAUUUUCGAGCACCCACGCCAGAAUUCGGGCACCCUGCCAAAACUUUGUACUCGGGCUCUGAACCAGGCACUAACAAAAAACGACUGUUUCACAUUUAUUCUUUCCUCUAAACAGAUUGCACUUGUGUUCAUCCUGUAAGAAUUUUUCCAGAUGCCUUGGUAUCUUUUCUGUUUGUACAUUAACUAAUAAGUAACUAUUAGCGGUGGUACAUAAUUUAUUUUCCGUCCACAGCUACCACUACCUAAAGAAAAAUUUCAGGCCCCUGAAGGUUGGGAAUUUGAGGGAGACUGGUACAUAGCUCCGGAAAUGAGCUUAAUGUUUGACCGCGACUCAGGCCACAAAACGUUCUUAGAGGAUGUAUUUGAAAACGAGGCAAGGAUGAUUCCUGGGGGAAACUGGAGACCAGCCUCUGCACCUUGGACGAAUGUGCAUGGUGAUAAGAUUGACGAGAAAGAAAAGAUAAAAUGUCCAGAGGGAUGGGAGUGGACUAGAAACUGGCAGGUCGAUGACAAUAGAGCUGUAGACGGCGAAGGAUGGGAGUAUUCCGUUGAUGUAUCAUACGGAGUGUAUGGUGCCAUUCAGAAGGCUUACCAUUUGGUGAGGAGAAGGCGAUGGGUCAGGGAGAGAUUACUGAAGGAUCCAAAGGCUGUUAUCAAACAGAAAGAGCUUGAAGAGUUCGAAAAGGAAGGGUGGGAAUAUGCUCCAAUUUUUACGGCCAAAUUCCACCACAAAGAAAGGAAGAUUGAUUUCGUCAGGCGUCGGCGAUGGCACCGAAGAAUGGUUUCAAAGGGGGGAAAGGACGCCAAAGUGUCCAUGCCUCCUGUGUGUCUUCUCGAGCUUGAGGACGAGGAGGAGAGCAAAAGUUGUUUGAGGAAUAUUCCAAGAAUGUUUGUCACUUUUGAAAAACCACACAAGUAUCAGAUGUGGGCCUACAUCUAUCAAGCACGUAACCUUCUCGCCAUGGACGAAAGUGGGAUGAAUGAUUCCUACGUCCGCGUGGCAUUUUGCAAGCAAAGCGCUGUAACAGAGGUGCUGACCCAGACUUUAUGUCCCACCUGGGACCAAACGCUCAUAUUUGAUAAUGUUGAAAUCUAUGAGAGUGUGGAGAAUAUCGCCAAGAGCCCACCAAGUGUAGUGGUAGAGGUUUUUGACAAGGACACAGUGGGCAAAGAUGGCUUUCUCGGCCGCUGUGUGAUGUCACCUACGGUGCGUCUACAUGGACACGAAACUCCUGAGCCGCAACUGCAGUGGUUCACCAUCAAAAGAGGAGACGAGGAAGGAGGCGAUAUUUUAGCUGCUUGCGAACUUUUCCUUGAUGAAGAUGCGGAGUUACCCUUCACCCCACCCAUGAGAGGAGACUUGUAUACCGUGCGAAGCGGUGUGCGCCCAAAGUUACAACGGUCAGCGAUUGAGGUCUUGUGUUGGGGAGUGAGGAACAUGAAAAAGUUUGAACUCACGAGCGUGACGUCACCAAGUAUUGAGUUUGAGUGUGCUGGAGGUCUGGUGCAGUCUGACGUCAUCAAGGAUACGAAGAAGAACCCGAACUUUGAGAAACCUGUUUUGACAAGAAUGAUUGUGAAUCUUCCCGUAGAAGAAAUGUAUACACCAGCACUUAACAUCCGUGUCCGUGACAACCGCUCGUUUGGUCGUCGCCCAAUCGUCGGCGUUCAUUCAGUGAGAUCCUUCCAGAAAUACCGCUGUGCUACACCUCAAAUCAUUGAUCAAACUGACUCUGGCCCUCGAGGACCACAAAAGAAAGGGAUCGCCGAUAACGUUUCAACGAAAAGCGAAGAGGGCUCAUAUGUUGUCAAUAUCAAGGAAUGGAAAAAGGUCAAGAAAAAGAAAAAGAAAGAAGAAAUCCCAGAGGAGUCCCUAGAUUGGUGGUCGAAGUUUUUUGCCUCAAUAGGGGAUGAGGAGAAAUGUGGAGAAUUUCUCAACCAAGGAUACGAUAAGAUGACGGUAUAUCAAACUGAGUUGGAGAAAGUGCAAAAGUUUAAUGGCUUUGAGGACUUUAUAAAUACGUUUCCUAUUUACCGCGGAAGAGCGAAGUCGCGAGAAGAAGAGGCAGAUACGAUCGUUGGGGAAUUUAAGGGAACAUUCAGAGUGUACCCGAUGCCAGAAGAUGAAAGGAAUAGUCCCUUACCAGAUACUGUUUUUACUAAUCUCCCACCAGGCAAACCGGUAGAGUGCAUUGUCCGUCUGUAUGUCAUCAAGGCUUUGGAACUUCAGCCCAGAGAUGACUCUGGAACAGCCGACCCAUAUUUGGUAGUCACCCUAGGGGACCGAAAAUUUGAUGACAAAGAUGUUUAUAAACCUUACACAGUGAAUCCUGUCUUUGGAAGACUCUUUGAAUUCACAGCCACCAUACCUCUGGUCAAAGAUCUCAAAAUCGCCGUGAUGGAUUAUGACCUCAUCGGACGAGAUGACGUCAUCGGUGAAACACAGAUCGAUUUAGAGCAGAGACUUUUGUCUCGACAUCGUGCUACUUGUGGAUGUUCUAAGAGUUACUGCAAAUCUGGUCCUAACAAAUGGCGAGAUGGACGAAAACCAAGAACAAUCCUGCGAGACUGGUGUGUGAUGCGUAACAAGAGUCUUCCAUUGUAUACAGAUGAACCUUGCUCUGUGGUAGUGGAUGAACAGACGUAUACUCUGGCUGAGUUUGAGGAAGGUACAAUAAUCCAUACGCACCUUGGGAAAGAACAAAGUCGCUUGGCUUUGCAUGUCCUCAACAAGUUGAACAUCGUCCCUGAGCACGUGGAAACAAGGGGUCUGUAUAACAAAACACAGCAACCGACCAUGGAACAGGGGAAACUGCAGUUAUGGGUCGAUAUAUUUCCAGUCACAGAGGGCAAAGCACCCGCUGCGGUUGACAUUACCCCAAGGGAACCACAAGAAUACGUUCUUCGUGUCAUCAUAUGGAACACCAAAGACGUUAUCAUGGAAGAGACUUCAAUCACCGGCGAGAAAAUGAGUGACAUCUACGUGAAGGGAUGGAUUGAUGGAAUUGAUGAUUCACAAGAAACCGACGUCCACUACAGGUAA